CGCAGGCUGCACUCGCGGCGGGCAGCGCUGCGCUCGGCACUCCCUCCGCCGGGCCCGCUUCCUGCGGCGGCCCGACGGGCUUCGCCCCUGCCCGCCGCCAGCCUCCCGCGAGCCCGGCCCGAGCCAUGCUGCUCCUGGCGGUCGCCUUCAUCGUGGCCUUCGUCCUCCUGCUCUACAUGGUGUCGCCGCUCAUCAGCCCCAAGCCGCUCAAGCUGCCCGGCGCUCACGUCGUGGUAACUGGAGGCUCCAGUGGAAUUGGAAAGUGUAUUGCUAUUGAAUGUUUUAAGCAAGGUGCUUUCAUAACACUGAUUGCAAGAGAUGAGAACAAGCUGUUGCAGACAAAGAAGGAAAUAGAAAAGUAUUCUGUAAAUGAUAAACAGGUUGUGCUGUGUAUUUCUGUUGAUGUAUCUAAAGACUAUGAACUGGUGGAGAAUGUUCUAAAACAGGCUCAAGAGAAAUUGGGGCCAGUUGACCUGCUUGUAAACUGUGCAGGAACAUCAGUUACAGGAAAAUUUGAGGACAUUGAAGUGAAUUCUUUUGAAAGAUUAAUGGGAGUCAAUUAUCUGGGUAGUGUUUACCCAAGUCGUGCAGUAAUCGCUACCAUGAAGGAGCGACGGAUGGGAAGGAUUGUGUUUGUGUCAUCUCAGGCUGGCCAGUUAGGCCUAUUUGGUUAUACAGCUUAUUCUCCAACAAAAUUUGCUCUUCGAGGACUGGCUGAAGCCCUGCAAAUGGAGGUAAAACCGUAUAAUAUCUACAUAACAGUGGCCUAUCCUCCGGAUACUGACACACCUGGUUUUGCAGAAGAAAGUAAAACAAAGCCUUUAGAGACGAAGCUAAUUUCUGAAACCUCAUCUGUUUGCCAAGCAGAGCAAGUGGCCAGAGUUAUAGUCAAAGAUGCCAUACAAGGGAACUUUAACAGCUCAGUUGGCUCAGAUGGUUACAUGCUAUCAAUAUUGACCAGUGGAAUGUCACCAGUCACUUCUAUUACUGAAGGUCUUCAGCAGGUCGUUUGCAUGGGCAUUUUUCGCAUCAUUGGCCUGUUUUACCUAGGAAGCUUUGACAGCAUAGUUCGUCGCUGCAUGAUGCAAAGGGAAAAAUCUGAAAGUGCAGAUAAAACUGAAUAAACUUUAUUGUUAAAUGGAAAGAAGAAUGUUAAACAGUCCUGAACAGCUUGCUGCUUAAGUGGGACUCAGUUUCUCUCCUGAAGGCUUUAGAUUGAAAGUAUUUGGAUAUGUGACAGGUGAGUCCCUUCAAAAGCAAUGAAUGAAAAUGAAAGUACAACUCCAGAAAAUGCCAAACUAUGCAAAAGUGAGUGAGGAUUAGUGGAUGUUGGGUUUUUUUUUGUUUUUUUUUUUUUUUUUUUUUUUUUUUUUGUGAAUGAGUUGGAGAAAAUUUUGGAAACUUCUUUUAAAUGAUCUGCAGAGGAGAAUUUUCAGAAGGGACUGUGUGGGGUAAUUCUGGACAAAUGCUUAAGUUUUUUUUUUUUUUUUACCUUGGUGCUUACAAACGAAAGUACCAUGAUGUUCUGGGCUGAGAUAGACUGAAGUCCCUUCAACAAGUUGGUGCUUGUUGCUAACAUCUUGGGGUGGUUUUUAAUUUAGAAUGUUAACUUUUCAUUUGGCAAAUCUACAGAUUCUUCUGUUCAUACCAGCUUUCCUCAUUCUCUUCAACAUGCAAGUAUGGAAACCUUAAGAUGGUAGAUAUAUUUGUAUGAUCCAAGCCUUCUCAGUCUGGGAGUAAUAAAAAAGUGUGCAUUAAUGUGUACAUACUUUCUAAAGGGAGAUGAAGAACCCAUUCCCACAGAGAAAUGCUAGGAGAUGUGACUGGGUCUGUAGCUCUUCUGGCCUUUAAGUAUAUUGUGAACAAAAAAAUCAAAACAGUAUCACGAGUGUUCUGUGACACUUUCAUUGUUUUAAGCCAUUGAAAUUAGUGUGUAACUUCAGAUACUUACUGUUUUCUUACCUGCCAAUUUUUGCUCUGGAAAGGAAAGUAGCAUUGUGUUGCUGUUACAGAUACUGUUUUUUAAAAACUGCAGAUGAGGAGCCAAACUAGUUGAUGAUGGAGUCGAUUGUAAUUAAAAUUCCAGGCUUUUCCAAUAGUAGAAAUGUAGCUUUUGGGAUAGAGAGGGAGGGGGAUGUCAGAAUGGCAUUUCAUACUUAAUUUUAUUACUUCACAAAACUUUCAUGGGGCAAGAAUUGGUUUAAAUUACUCAUCUCUCAUUUUUCACUUACUUUGUAUGAAUUAAGGCUGCUGCAUAACUGUGCCAGAAUACACAGAACCCAAUGAUUGGUUCUACUAAAUCUAAGUCUCUAACACUGAAAAAGCUUGAUGCAUACCACUGAUGUUAUAAGAGUGCACUGUAUAUACUAUUCAUUUAAUGGACCACAAUAGCAAGUGCCUUGUGAGCCUUUUUUCCCCAAAGCUGCAAACGUUGUAUUUAACACUGCUGUGCUUCUAAUGUCAUAUUUUUCAGUCUGUAAUCUGAAUUUGUAAGUGCUGGUAAUAGUUGGCACUUUCACUUCCUCAAAAGUAGAAUUUACAAACAAAUAGUCAAAAUUAUUAUUUUUAUGAAGAUGUUCUCUAUGCCUAUUUAAGGAGGAGUAUUCAGUUAAACUAACAUGAAAGAUCACAGGUUGUUAGUGGGAAGAACUUUAAAAUGCAACUUAGAGAGGCUGUUUAUAUUCCCUUUCUCAGUUCAGCUGAUCAGUUGUUUUUGUUCACAUGGGCUAAACUUGCUUCAGUAUCUGGCUUGUAAACCAGAUAUUUGGUGGCUGUCACAUUGGCAAUCUCAUUUUAUUUGGUUAGACUUGCAUUAGAUUGCAAAUAUUGAGAUAUUGUAGAAUUCUUCACAAAGCCUCCACUUUAUGACCUGCUCCCUGACUUUUUUUUCUUUUAAGAUAUAUGAAGUUGUGCAUGUCUGUAAUAUUAAUUUUGAGAAUAAUGUGUAUUCCUGUAUUUUUAAGCUGAGUGCUAGUGCAAAGAAAUCUAGUCUGCACACACAUUUUCUGUGCUGCUUAAUGUGAAUGACAUAAUAGAGCAUUUGUCAUACAUCCAUUGUCAAUGUUGCUGUGUUUCUUAAAGAGACAUAGCAGUGCUUUGGGGACUCUAUUAUCUGUUUUUAAUCUUUUAUCAGAUGUUGAUAUAAAUCAAAUACUACUUUGAACAUCUGCAAAAGGAUACCAAAUUGGGUGAAUCAACUGUUUUAUAGUUUGAGAGAAAUGCUAAUGAAAAUGACUGUACAGCAGCCCAAGCAUGAAGGUCAGGACUUAAAACCAGUAGGACUUCGGUAGAUGCUUGAAUUUUUGAAUCUUCAACUUAAGCUCUUAAAAAGUUUGCAUUUAAGAAAUAGUUAUAAUAAUCCAGAAAGUCAGAGCGCACACACUGUGAAAACUAGGCCUCUUUAAGAUAUUUCAGAUGGGUCAUCUUAAAUCACCAGUUACUUUUUCUGAAAGUCUUGACUGAACAUUUCUCCAAAUAGUGAUUGAUUAUAAUUCAGUACAAGUAUUUUUAAAGAAGGAGGAAUAGUACUGGGUGAAAGUUGUGGCCCUGGUCUGGUAGAGGCUUACCAUUUUGCACAGUGCAAGUAGCUGCAUUGACUGUAAAACUGUAGAUUAAAACUGGAAAUUUGAACCAGGCCAGUGGGUGUUUUUUGGUUUUGUGAGGUUUUUGUGAUUUUUUUUUUUCCUAAGAGUAAAAAUAAUCCUUAAGUGUUCUCGUUUUUAUUGUUGCAAAUUACUGCAGUACACUUUAACUGAUAAGCUUUGCAUCUGUCUUGUUGUGAAAACAGUAAUUUGUAGCUACAGCAACCUAAUACAAUUUUGGCAUUUUGUUUUCUUACGCCUGUUCUCGAUCUACCAACAUGCUCAUUUUAAGGUCCAAUAUUAAGUGAAGGAGAUGCCUUGUAGUCUUGUGGAAAAAUGAUUAACAGCCUAAAUUUUACCAGUCUAAAUCCCUUCGUCUAAAGGUUUUAGCAGCAUAUUAGAUCUGUGAAGAACUUCAAAUAGGCUUUAUUACUUUUUGUCAAAUUGUCAGUAAUUUAAUCCAUACCUGUGCCAUACAUGUCAAUGUCUUGUCUCUCCCCCCUCCCCUUUCUUCCCAUCAGUUUUUUAAGAUUCAAUUUAGGCUUUGAUAGUUGAACCAAAUCUUUUCAAUAUAGUGUCUAAUGACUGUUUGCUUUAAAUACAGAUUUACUAUAACUUUACAUAUAGUUUACUUCACCAAGGUGUUCAUGUGCAAUUUGAAUAAAUGAAAUAUUUUACUAAGAAAGGAUAUAGGUGAAUAAAGUUAUUUGCUGUGAAAUACUUCAGGCACUUUUAAAUCAUAAAAAUGUAUAGCAGUAUUUGUUUAAAAAAAAGAAAUGUUGUGCUUAUUGCUUCAUCAUUUUUGUGCCAGAACUGUAAACUAGUUUUCAUAUUUUCUAUUUCUCAAAAUAAAUGGAGAAUCAACAAAGCUUAA